UGUGAAAUAGAUUCGGAUUGUAACAACAUAAUGUUUGCAAUGUGUUCGUUAAAAAAACGUUGUGUUUGUGAAGAUAAAUACAAACAAUUAAACGAGACAACCUGCACACCUAUUUUAGGGGGGUUAUGUUCGAAAAAUGAACAAUGUAAUGUUGUAAAUUCUGUUUGCAUGAAUAAUCAGUGUCGAUGUAAUUUUUUAUUUGUGGAACUAUCUCCUGAAAAAUGUAUUCCUUUGGAAUUGGGAUUGCCUUGUCGUGAUCAUGGAGACUGUAAAUUGAUAGAUAAUUCAGAAUGUUCAAAGAGUAAGAAAUGUGUUUGUAAAGUAGAUCACUUUCCAAAGACUCAAAGACAAUGUAAUAAAUCGCUGAAAGUAUUGGGAAGUCCUUGUGACACUGACACAGAUUGCAAUGACAUAAAAUAUGCAAAAUGUUCAGAUUUAUAUAGAUGUGAUUGUCAAUCCAAUUAUAUAAAAUUCAAUACCACAACUUGCAUACAAAAACAUGAUCUUAUAAGCAAAAGUUGUUCUGCGGACUGCGAAUGUAAGGAAAUAAAAAAUUCACAUUGCUCAGAAAACAAUAAAUGCAUUUGUGGACCAAAUAAUUUUGCAAUUAACAGUUUAGAAUGUAAAUCACUAUUUAAUGGCACCUGUUCAGACGAUACUGAUUGUGUUACCAUUAAUUCUGUUUGCAUUGAAAAUCGUUGUCAAUGCAAAGUUUAUUAUGCUCCUGAGUCAAAUGAAAAAUGUCUGCCAAUAUUAUUAGGGAGUCCGUGCCGAAAUUAUUUCGAUUGCCAGGCAUUAACUAAUGCAGUAUGUUCGAAAAACAAAAUAUGUGUUUGUGCUGAAGAUAGUUAUGCAAUAAGUAACUCGACAUGUUUGCCAGUGAUCGGGAGUUACUGUAAUUUUGAUAUCAACUGUCUCUCAGAUUUGAUUAAUUGUGUUAAUAAUAGAUGUCAAUGCAAAAAUGGUUAUGUAUCUAUCUCUGAAUCGCAGUGUGUAAAAAGGGAAUCAGCAUAUCAGUGUCAAAACACUUUGGAAUGUGGUGAACCAUGGCAUAGUGUAUGUUCGGAAGAGAAAGUUUGUAGUUGUAAAGCAAACAACUAUGCAGCAAAUAAAUCAACUUGUUCACCACAAAUAACCGGAUAUUGUUUCUUAGAUCAUCAGUGUAUGGUAAAAGAUUCAGUUUGUGAUUAUUUCAGAUGCAAAUGCAAGCCCAACUUUCGAGCUAUAGCCAAUAAUUUAUGUUUGCCUGUUUAAUUUUACACAAACAAAAAGGAUUUCUUGGUGCAAAACAUUUUUUACUUUAUAAAUUAAAAUAAAAAUUUUCUUGAGGCAAGAAAAAAUUUUUAAGGCGAGAAAAAAAUAUUUUAAAUGUAAAAUUCCCAACUGAAGAAAAUUCAAAUCUAUCUUUUCAAUUUUGUCAUAAAUUGUUACGAAA